CGAUAUUGCUGAAUAAAUUGUCUACUUUUCAGCCGGCCUCUUGUCCACUAUAUAAAAGCCGUGUCGCCACUUAGCCUUAGUAUAUUCACAAGUUCCUUUCCUAAGGUUCAGCAUUUUUCAUCUCAGAAUUCAGCAUUGGCACCAUUGAUUUGUUCAGCAAUUCUUGUUGGAGAUGCUGAAAGUUGAUCACUAGUGUAUAAUGGGUUUCUGUUCAAGCACACCAGUAUCACUUGUUUUGCUAUGAUCAUGGCUCACUCUUCCAAUUAUUUCCCUGUGCCGACUGCUUGGCAAGAUGAUGCUUUGGAAUCCAAUGAACAUGCCGGCAAUCCAUCGAGGGACUCCCUUAAUUAUCAUCUGGCAGCUUUGAGUUUGGAUUUUCCAGCUUCACCAUUCGAAGAACAACAUCAACUUGAUCAUGAUACACAUGCUGUCCUUCCUCAGUUUGAUGUCGUCAAUGAGUUCGACCUUGAGUUUCAAGAAGACGUCUCAGUUAAUGACUUUGACCUUCAGCCUGCAAUGGAUAAUAAUGUCAGCAUCUCAGUUGAUGACUUUGCUGUUGAGCCUGCAAUGGAUAAUAAUGUGGACAUUUCAGUUCAUGACUUUGAUGUUGAGCCUGCAAUGGAUAAUAAUGUGGACAUUUCAGUUGAUGACUUUGAUGUUGAGCCGGCAAUUGACCAUGUCAUUGCUAAUUCUGGAGCUUCAUGUUCAGAUGUGAAUCCAUUCAAAACUCAAACAUGUUCAGUGGGUCUGCAACCUCAUCCAUCUUUGGAGGAACAACCUAAAUUGUCAGGAAGUGAAUUCACUAACAAGACGAGGAUGCGAUGGACACAACCAUUACAUGAUCUUUUUGUUCAAGCCGUUGCAGAUUUGGGAGGUCCUGACAGUGCAACUCCUAAAAGCAUUCUGAUUUUAAUGGGUGUAGAGGGGAUAACCAUGUGCCAAGUUAAAAGCCACUUGCAGAAAUACCGUCUUGCAAGGUUGGAAGCACAAUUCCAAGAAGCUCAGAGGACUUCUUGCUCUGAAGGAAAGAAGAAGACUCUGACUGAAAAAUACUAUAACGGACACAACAAACUGUUGAUGGAGGAAACAGAAACACUACACGCGCAAUUAGAGCUUCAAAAGGAGCUUCAUUACCAGCUCACGGUACUAAGGGAGUUGCAAAUACAAACUGAAGAAAACGGUCGUCGUCUGCAGGAAUUUAUAGAAAACCAGAGAGAGGCUUUCAUGAUGAUAACAAAAUCAAUUUCAAUAAGCAGAGUUGCAGGUGAAACUUCUUCAGUUAAUUUGGAGCAUAACACUGUUGAUGAUGUUAUAUAUGUAGACUCAGACUCAGACACAGAGGACUCUUUUCCAUCCUACAAAAGACCCAGGUUUGUGUGAUGAUCAAAAAUACCAUUAAAUAAAAAAAAAAAUCACAUCCAAUUAAUUACUGCAUGGAAUCUUUGAAUGUUACCAGUUACCACUUACCACUGUAAGUUUGAAGUUGUUUCCUGUUUACCUUUCCCUCUCUCUCUCUCUCUCUCUCUCUGUUGGGUGUGCACUUAUGAUGUACAGUUAUAUUUUUUAUUUUGAGAACAAAUUUGCUGUUGUCUGUCUUAU